UCUCAUGACACCUGAGUUAGGUGAACUUCCUGGUGUCUGUGUUUAAAAAAAGGUUUUGGAAUACCCAGUGUUAUACAGAGGAGAUGCACAUUAUGUUAGUACAAUAGACUUGGAAUUAUAAUAGUUCCUUUUCUUGGAUUCUUGACAGGAAACCAGUAAUAAUUUCUCCCUACAGAUCCAUCACAAAAUAAACAAUUAAAAAGAUAAUAAACAAAGAAUAAAAAUCUUUCAUGCAACUGACUCAAGCCAAAACUCAUGAAGGAGGUUCUGUUAGGAACCCUGACUGUGGCAGAAAGUGGUAAGUCGUCUAUCUGGGUCAAGAGAAAUUCUUGCUGAAUCAAGGGGUUGAUGACCUGGUUUAAAGUCAUGGUGGGAGCUGGAGGUGACAGAUUUACACGCUCAUUGGGCUGAUCAGAGGAGUAUCAGUAAAUAAAUGUGGCAAAUCAGCACUAAGUGCGUGUGACAAAUUUUGGAACAUUGUAAGCAUUUGAUGAGGAUUCAGUGCAUGACACAGAUUUACAAAAUAUGCUAAAUGUUCAAACAGUGCAAACCGCAUCAAUUUUCGAAACUAUUUCUGACCUCUAUUCAGUGAUUGACAAUAAGUACAUUAACUGUAAAACUGGUUUUAUUCUCAUUUCAUACUAUUACACCUCCAAUGUAAAAUCACAAUAAUUAUAGUGAGUCAUUUCAUUUGGUUCUUGUUUUUACACAAUUUUUUUUUACCUCAUAGGCAUCUUAGGAGUUGUUUAAUAGUCAUUUCAUAAACGUAUUGCAAAACAAUUCCACUUUUAGGAUCUAAAAGUCAUCAACUCAGUAAUGUUUUUCUCACACUAAUACAUGUUUUUAUUACAUGUUAAUUUACAUCACCAGAGUUAUUUAAGGGCUAGCUUCUCCCAAAAUAUUGUGUUAAAGUGAUAAACAUGAUGAGCAUUACACUUAACUCUCUUUUAAGUAAAUCACAAUUUAUCAGUUUUUGGGUUUGGGAAACAGAGACCUAGUUAUUGCUUGUUGUGGGGUGCAGUGCAGACAUAUUAUUUGGCCUAAACUUUUUUUGCAUUAAUCAAACAAAAAAAUCAUCACAUGAAUAUGCAUUUCAAAUCUUCAAGUCGUUGUCUGUUUAGUUGUGCAGGAAAAUGUCAAUUUCUGCUUGUCCUUUUUGUCCAAACUAUCAAAAAUCUGUUUCAACAUGAAUUUGGGGCAUCUAGAAUAUGACGAAAAUGUAAACAGGUAUACUCUACGUGAUCCUUUUGUUACAGUAAAUAUAUGCAUCAUAUUGAGCAGUUCCACUUAAAGCUUUUGAUAAUAAAUGCUCCCAGUUGACCUGAUAUCCCAGUAACCCCGAUUUCACUCAGGGUUAACUAGGGCCAAGGUUGUUGUUUAAUUACUAUCUUGUGCAUUUUCCAGUGAUCGCACAGUUUUUUUUCUCCAUCUCAUAAUUAUGUGGGUUAGAAUGCGUGAAAAUCCGCGCGCGCUACUCGAACCCAAAUCUGCAGCGACCACUAAUCAGAGUGCGCGACACUCAGAAUCGGAAUCUGACCGCGAGCGCUUUCUUCAAAGGGCGUCGGUGGCUCGCGCGCCUCUUCGAACGGGGCGGUGUCGAUUUUCCGCGUCACACGUGUGGGAAUUUUCAAGGCAGCAACAAUGCCGGGACGUCUAAAGAGUAUAAAUGUCGCUGGCCGGCUUCUGAAAAAAGCAAGCUGGCGUUUAGUGCCUCGUAAAGCAAAAUGCGUGUGAGCGUCCUUACCGUGAUCGCCCUAGCCGUGCUCGUGCGCCUUUGCCCAGGUGAGCAGAGUGCAAGGUGUGCCCAGGUGAACUGCCUGGCGAGCAGUCUGCCUCUGCCCAUGCUGAAGGAUAUGAUCAAAACCCUGAAGAGCAUCAGCAAGCCUUGGCCUAGUGACAGCAGACGUCACAAGAGAUAUUUGCCAAAGUUCUAUAUAAAGAAGCUGAACAUCGCAGACAUCAACAAGAUGCUUGGAAUCUAUGAAGAUCAUGUAUUCAAAAAGCUGUGGAGCAACGACAUUGAUUAUCCUGAGAGAUUUAUCCAUUCCUUCUACAGACUAAGAGUCAGUGUGGAGCAUUGUAAGCACAACAGUCAAGCAGAAUUCACUCGAUAUGCAAGGAAGAAGAUCAAAGGAAUGGAAGAGGCUUUUAAAAAGCUGCAUUCGGAUGAGCUGUCAAAAGCAGCUGGGGACUUUGAGACAAUACUCCGUUGGAUUAGUCUUUAUACUGACAAAAAGCUGUCACACAGCAAGUGCUAAUAGUCAGUAACUAUCUAUAAAUUAUGACUGAGUCAGCAUAGAAACAGAUGUUAAGGUAGGGCUGUGCGAUAUGACAAAGAUAUUAUAGAUAUUAUAUAUAUAUAUAUAUAUAUAUAUAUAUAUAUAUAU